AUGGAUUUAUUGAAAACACCUUCAACACAAUCUUUAUUGGAAUCAGAUUUAGAAUCAGUUGAGAGUCUUCAGUAUGUGGAUUUCGAAGAGCUUGAUGAAGUUGAAUAUGCCUUGCCGACAAGUGAAGCUCCGAGCCUGGCUGAAAUUUUAUCAUCACAAGAAUUGGAAAUCAAUAAAGGACCAUUAAAAAAUGUUGAGGAACCUACAUGUUCUGCUCUACACGUUGAUUUCUUACAAGCUAUUUCACAGCAGCUAUUUCAAGCUGAAGAAAGAUCAUCAGCAGGUGCAGCUACUACAUUAAGUAUAGGAACAAAUGGAAGACUGACUGUAGGAACGGCUCAUGGACAUCUACUUUCGUUUCAUGAUCAAACAUUGAGAUGGGUCUGUGAUGCUAACGGAGACAAUGGUGCUGUAACUUGCUUAUCAUACAACCAUGAUAGCACUCGAUUAUUAGCGGGUUUCGCCCGAGGACUUGUUUAUCAGUACGAGAGUGUACGCGGUGUUAUUUUGAGACGGGUCACUUUGGGAGGGAAUAUAUGGGGCGCGUUGAGAGUAACUUGGGCUGGUACUUCGGGAUUAGCACUCGAUACAGGUGGAUCUGUGUGGCUCAUUAAAUUCUCAAGGCCACUUGGAGUUCGCUCCGCUCGAGUCUCGUGUCUAUUUUCGGGCGCUCGAGGUGAAGUUGUGGCUAUGAAGGCUAGAGAUGCUCGUAUUUUAGCGUUGGCAACUCUCUCUAGAGUUAUUAUUGUAGCGGGCGGCCGAGCAGCUGGUGUGAAAUUAGACGGACCACCAGACGUUCUUCCUGUGUUAGAAUGGUAUGAGAUAGAUAACAGGCUGCUGGUAUGCGCUAGAGCGAACAUCAUGCAAUGGCUCAGCGUUGUUAUAAAUGGACCUUCAAUUAGCCUACAGUCGGUCCAACGUGUUGAAUUAAAGUCUACACCAAUUUGGCUCGGCUGGUUGGCUGGAAGUCUAGCGAUAUUCGAUUCGGAUGAAAAUCUCCGUUUAUGGGGUGAUGACUAUGAUAAACCACUGGAUUUGUCACAAAUAGAACCAGUAUAUGCUUCGGCAUUUUUCAAGGGCCAUUGGACGGAUGGUAACGUAUCGAGAGCAAUGUGCAAGGCUGGCGAGAGUGCGCUUGGAGGUGCUUGUAUAUCGGAAGGCACGUUAGCACUGUUGGGGCGUCGCGGCGUUGUAAGAGUGAAGCCUCGUGACCUUCUUGCCAGGUCCCAGGCAUUCCUAUCUUCGGGGCGAUAUUCUCAAGCAUUACGACUACUCUGUUCAGCCCAGGGCCCCGAAGCUAAGAAGCUAGCGAACGAGUUUAUUUGCAAUUUAGCUGAUAGGCCACAUAUAGUGAAUAGCAAAAAUGUUGCAGUUCAAGUUGUCAAGUUAUGCCUUAAAUUUGACAUGAGUUAUGAAUUAUGGAAUGUGUUAUGGGAGAACUGUUCAAGUGAAGACGCGUUUGUGGAGGCAUUAAGCGACGCGGUAGUACGAGGAGAACUUGUAAAUUUCGCUCCAUCGCCUGAUUUUACACAGUCACUAAUCGAGCGCCUGGCUGACCUUGAACCGGAGUUGGUAGAGCGUGUUGUAUCGUGUGUUCCACUCACCUCCCUGGACCCUCACCGAGCCAGUGUGUUCACGAGGGAGAGGGGACUGUGGCGGGGGGCGGGGGCCGUCGCCGCAGCACUCGACGGUUGCAGCGGUGCUAUGAGAGAGUUGGUUGGCUACGUGGAUCUGUGUUGUAGGGGCAGCGCAGGUUGCGGAUGUGCGGGGGGCGCGCUCCUAUUGACGGCCGCGGACGCGCUGGCGGGGAGGGGAGCGGGGGGCAGGCCGCUACCACCACACGCGCGACCAUCGGCCAGGCAUGACGCGUUACAGGCACUGUUGGCUGAAGAUUCGGAGGGUCGGUCUCCACUGCGGGCGUUGGUGUUGCACGACGCGAGUGCGAGCGUUCGUCUGUUGGAGCAGUGUGCGAGGGAACCACCCUUCGCCGGACCACUCGCCAAACAGAACAGACUGAGAGUAGCGCGGGCGUUACUCACGUACAUCGAUCAAUUGCAGGUAUCAGACAGCAUAGAAAUACUAGAGUUUAUAUGUGGACAACUACAAACCGGCGCGUUGCCGCUCGACCAGGAGUUGAUAAAAAGAGUUCAAGAAGUCAUAUCGAACAUAGAUGACGAACGAGCUGACGUCGCUUGGCUGGGAGUGUUAACACGGAUACGAACACAGAGAGACCAAAUGGUCAUGCAAUAUAAAGAUGCCGUGCCUCGGCCGCGAGUGUUGUGGCGGAUUAAUGCGAUGCUCGACCGGCAUAGCGAGGUCCUCAACGAGUUCUUCAACAUCAGAGAUCCGUCCAGUCGCGAUAUAAACGAACUCUUUGAAUACUUGCGAUCUCGAAUCGAAACUGACGCCGAGGCUAGAGAACAUAUAAGGGACCACCUUCCAGCUUUGAUCCAACUGCGACCAAGAUCGGCGGCGGCGCUCCUCAACGAACAACAAACUAACACGAUAGGACCUAUUUACGAUACAUUAAGUACCGAAUGUAGAAUAGAAUUCGGCGAAUGUCUCUUAGACAUGGGGCGGCUGAAGGGGGACAUCGCCGCGUCACAUCUUCGUACUCUGUGUAUAGAGAAGCCAAAUGAAGUUAAAGAGUUUCUUAAAAAGAAUUCGGGAAUAAUCAGACCCGAGGACGCUUUAAGAAUAAUUAAAGAACACGGACCAAAAGACGCGGAGCCGAUCUGUCUGGAGGCGAGCGGUGAUCACAUGGGCGCCUUGGAGGCAUUGCUGCAAUCAGUGACCGCAGCUGAGGACGAGGUGACCAAAGCCAGUCUGAUGGAGGAGGCGGGCGCGCUGUGUGUCCGGGUGGGACCAGCCGUCCCGCAGGCCGUGGCCUCCGACAUGUGGUCGCGGCUCCUGCGGCACACGGACACGAUCCCCACGACGCUACUGUUCGAAGCCGUCGCCUACCUACCCCUCGAAGAACUCGCUACCAAGACUUGCACUUCGAUAACAAUGGCCCGGACCAUACUAGCGAGUGGUGGUAGCGGCCGCGAUGCCUGGGAAUGUACGUCUCGACUAGUCCAGCGCGAGGCGCACGAGGCGCUCGCACGGGAGUUGAACUCAGCUCGUCGCGGGCUGGCGGUGCGUGGGCGGUGCAGGCAUUGCGACCGACCGCUUGAAGCGGGCCCGGCCGUGCGGACCGCUCACUGCGCAAGGGCUUUCCACGUGGACUGUGAACCGGAGAGCACGUGUCCAUGUGGGGUAAGAGUGUCGAGGGACGCGGCUCCCAUACCAUCAGCCCCCUGCCCGCCUUCCCCUGCUCGCUCCACACAGGACUACGCCUUAUCCCUAGUCGCCCCCCCGAGACCUGACCUCGAAGGCGUCGUCUGA